UAAUAAAUUUGACCAUAUUUUAUUGUAACUUGUAAGCAUUAAAUAGAACUUAUAAUGUUGAGAAAGCGUCAAUUUACAAUUUUGCCACUGUCGGUGUAUCAGUUGAUGCAAAGCAGUGCCAUCCCACCAUAACAAAUGCCCUUAUGCUUCGUCUAUUUGACUUCAAUCAGUUGAGUAACAGCUCACAAGUUUCGUCAGUGUGAGUGUGAAGCCCCUCAGUCAACGCACUUUGAGGCAGAGAAAACAGAAAAAACAGAGAGAUGAGUUUAUGCUUCUUGUUAAGGUAAGGGAAAUUGAAACCUUAAACUACUAUUGUUGUCUGUUUUUAAGUCUUCAAUCAGCUUGAAGCUUCAGAUCUUUCUUUGCUUUGCUUUGCUUUGUUUGUCUUGUUAAUAUCGAGAUCUGUUAGUCCCAGAUCUAAAAGCUGUUAGCUUUACAAUUCUGGUAUCUGGGUAAAUUUUGUCGCAGUUGUGGUAGCUAGAUUUAGUUAAGGGUUUGGGAACAAUGUUGGGUCGGUCUCCUCUAUCAAGAGCCGGAAGUUUCCGGCCUGAGAAUUUAGGUCAGAAUGCUCUUGCAAUGAUAGGCAACCUUUGUUUCACUGCGUUUGUGUUAGGAGUUUUGAUCUUCACUAUUAUUGCUGCUACUUAUGAACCUGAGGACCCACUUUUUCACCCCUCAACGAAGAUCACCACAUUCUUGACAUCAACUUCAAAUGCCACUUUUAAAUCUGAUGUCACCGUUGUUAAAACCGGUGAGGAUUUCAUGAAGCCCAACCAAACUGUGGUUUCCACAUUUAUUAAGAUAACUGAUGUUGAGAAUGAGAUUUCAGAGAAAGGUUUGCAGGCUGAGACGGGGACUAAUUGCGAGGCUAAUGCAGAUAGUCCUGUUGAUUGUACUGACCCAGAAGUGUUUCAUUUAUUGAUGAGAAAAGCUAUUGAUCAUUUUAAGGAUAUACAUUUUUACCGGUUUGGGAAGGCUGUACGUGGGGAUGGGGAUAAUAGUUGUGAUAUGGCAUGGCGCUUCCGGCCCAAGGAAGGGAAGACUGCUGCAUUCUAUAAAGAUUAUAGGCGGUUUGUAAUUGCUAGGGAGAAUUGUACUCUUAGUGUGGUGAGUAUUGGCGAUUAUCAUUCAGGUGUGAAUGCUAGGAAGAAGAAGAAGAGACAUGGGUUUGAGAAGACAGAAACAAAGGAACCUCCUGGCUUGUUGGUUGUUGGGGAAGCUGUUAAUGAUACACUCCCUGUGGUUGAGUCAGAGAAGUCGUUUAGUCGUGGGAAGUACUUGGUAUAUACGGAUGGUGGAGAUAGGUGCAAGAGCAUGAAUCAUUACUUGUGGAGUUUCUUGUGUGCUUUGGGUGAAGCACAGUACUUGAACCGAACAUUGGUUAUGGAUUUGACUAUUUGUCUGAAUUCUAUGUAUACUUCAUCGAAUCAAGAUGAGGAAGGUAAAGAUUUCAGGUUCUACUUUGACUUCGAGCAUUUGAAGGAGGCAGCAGCUGUGUUGGACAAGGAUCAGUUUUGGUCAGAUUGGAAUCAGUGGCACAAGAAAGAUGGCUUAAGUCUUCACCUAGUGGAGGACGUUCGGAUCACACCGAUGAAGCUUUCUGAGGUUAAGGAUACUUUGAUUAUGAGAAAAUUUGGAUCUGUUGAACCAGAUAAUUACUGGUACAGGGUGUGUGAAGGAGAGACAGAAUCUGUUGUUCAGCGGCCAUGGCAUCUGCUUUGGAAGUCAAGAAGGUUGAUGGAUAUAGUGUCUGCAAUUGCAUCAAGGUUGAAUUGGGAUUAUGAUUCAGUUCACAUAGAGAGAGGGGAGAAGGCUAGGAACAAGGAGCUCUGGCCUAACCUUGCAAAAGAUACUUCACCUGGUGCACUUAUCUCAACCCUAGCAGACAAGAUUGAAGAUGGAAGGAAUGUUUAUAUAGCAACCAAUGAACCUGAUACAUCCUUUUUCGACCCAUUGAAAGACAAGUAUACCACCCAUUUUCUUGAUGAGUACAAGUAUCUUUGGGAUGAGAACAGCGAGUGGUAUCAUGAGACAACAAAGCUUACCAAAGGAGUUGCUGUUGAAUUUGAUGGGUACAUGAGGGUGUCUGUCGAUACAGAGGUAUUCUUGAGAGGGAAAAAACAGAUUGAAACUUUCAAUGAUCUCACCAAUGACUGCAAGGAUGGUAUUAAUACCUGCAGUGCUGCAUCCAGUUAACCCUUGCCCAUCGAGUUUCAAAUCUUUUGUGUUUCUACAUUGGGUUAUACCCACAUGUAUUCUAGUUAUUGCCCAUUUCACUUUCCAGAAACUGCAAUCUUAUUUGAUAGUUUGAUCUUGAGUAAAACAGUAUCUUGAGUUCUUGUAGAAUAUGGACAAUCAAUGUUUCAUUACACGGCAUCCUUUCAAGUUGUUUUUUGGUUUAUGUUAUAUUCUCUAAAACUGUACUGUUGUUUCUUCUUGUUUAAAUAAGACUUUCAAUGUUGUGCAUUUAUGUUCA